CAUCCCAAGCGUCACUUCCGGUUACAUUUUGACAGCAAAACACUGCACAUUUUAGCUAAACGAAGCUCUGAUCCUCGUUAUAUGUUUAUUUUAACACGUUUUAUGUUUUAUGCUCCACAUUUAUUAGCCAAUUUUACUUGUGUGGCGGAAUUGACAGUGUUCAGAAAGAGAUCAGUCUUCUGCUUCUAGCAAAAGAUGAAAGUUCCUAGUGAUGUAAAUGAGGUGGUGGAGGAAGCCAGUAGCAGUUCAUCAUCAGUAGACAACUCCAACAACGAAGAGAUUCCUCCUUAUCUACGUGAAGAACCUCCUGAAGACGGAGAGAAGGACCACCCUAAGACCGAGGCGGGGGUCAUCUGGAGGGUGACCGGCGGUCUCUUCAACAUGACCAAAGGGGCGGUCGGAGCGACAUGGGGAGGCGUGGCCUGGGUGGGCUGUAAGAGCUAUGACAUCACCAAGACGGUGGUGACCAGCGUGCCGGCCGCCGGCGUGGGAUUGGUCAAGGGCAGCGUUUCCAUGGUGACGGGGGGAGUGGGGGCGGUAGGGUCUGCUGUAGCCAGUAAAGUUACACCAAAGAAAAAGGACAAGUCUGAUUAGACCUAGACCCAACUACCACCCCAUUGCUACAGUAUAGUUUAUAAAUGUCUCCCGGUCUCUCUGCUGUGUUUAGGUUCCAUCUGGUUACUAUGGGGAACCAUUCAGAGUUGAAAAAGGCACAAUUAACUCGGAUUUGCGUGUAAAUCAUUCGUUGACGUCAAUGGGCAAUUUGCACGGAAAUCUGAGUUAAGGUUGCGGAUCUCAAAUCAGAAUACUGCCCUAAGGAAGUAUUACAGAGGGAGAUUAUGGGAAUGUUGAUUUGUUAGGACAGAGGAAAUGACCACAAUGUUGAUUUGUUAGGAUAUAGGAAUUGACCGGAAUGUUGAACUUACUGCCGAGGUACUCUUGAGAGGGAUCUCAUGUCUUUUUGGUUAAUCUGGGUCUGGGUGGGGAAGGGCAUGAUAAUAUGAAGACAAUCCACAAUCCACAACAAUUUGGUAGCGAUUCAGCAAGGGCACAUCUACUCAUUUCUCAAAAGCUUGAGGUUAUUAAAUUCUUCCAGUUUUACUAUGAAAAGGUAUCUUUACAUUGACAAGUGAUUAAAACAAAGGUACUUUACACAACUUAAUGUCAUCAGUUUGACAUCAGUAAUUGGGGAAUACACACCAAACAAUGUGUGUAUGUGAAUAUGCUACAACAUUAACCAUGUCUACACUGUAUUUCUGAUCAAUUUGAUGUUAUUUAAAUGAGCUUUUCUUUCAAAAACAAGGACAUUUCUAAGUGACCCCAAGCUUUUGAACGGUAGUGUGUGUGUUAUGAAAUAUAUAUGUGAAAAAUAGGCAUAUGAUUCCUAUUGAUGCAGACAAAGAAGGUUAGAGGAACCUUGCAGUCUUGCAGUAAAUAUUUUCAUUGUAAUGCAGGUGUUUUUAGAUUAAUGCUUGAUGAGUUGGACAUGUGGUCAACAAAGCGUGUUAUUGCAUAGAAACGGACAGAAGAAGUCAUGGAAAUGACAUUUUUACAUACAUGUUACAUAUACCAGCAGAUGUCCUGAGCUGUUUAAAUGAAUAAAGCACCAUUUCACCAACAAAGAAACACGCACAUUUAAAAAUGUAUAUAUUUAACCUGGCAAUUAAGUUAAGAACAAAUGAUUAUUUACAAUGACAGCCUACCCCAGCAAAACCCGGACGACGCUGGGCCAAUUGUGCGCCGCCCUAAGGGACUCCCAUUCACGGCCGGUUGUGAUACUGCCUGGAAUCGAAACAGGGUCUGUAGUGACGCCUCUAGCACUGCCAUGCAGUGCCUUAAACCGCUGCGCCACUCGGGAGGCCUUAAAGUUAAGAGAUGGCUGAGUUAUUGAUAAAUCAGGAAAUCCGUGUCCAUUUAAAUAUUUUAUAAAUCCGCUCCACAAUGGCCUAUCAAAGACAUUACUAUGAUCAACCUUGUUAAGUUUCAAGCAUCAUAGUUCAUGGCUACGUCUCAAAUGGCACCCUAUUCCCUUUAUAGUGCACUACAUUUGACCAGCACCCAUAAGGCUGUAAUCCAAAGUAGUGCACUGUACAGUAUAGGGAGUAAUGUGCUAUUUGGGACAUAACCCAUUUAAUUCACUUUAUAUGUACUUUACUCAAAUGUAUGUUUAUGUUCCUUCAUUUGCAUUAGAUCAGGGUCCGCGGCCCAUUCAUUUCCAGAAACUGGAAAAUAAAUCAACAAUAACGCAAUUUUUUUAAAUGUGAACUCAGUUGGGGUCUCAAAUGACUGUUGAGAGUAAGAAUAGUAGAAUACACAUGGUGCAUUUUUUAAAUUUGGUUGUGCAUCAGCAGUUUUUGUCUUAGGUCAGUCACUGACAGUCACUGAAUUAGCCUAUGUCAAUUUACAUUUUUUACAUUUGUAAAGUAGUCUAUCCAGCUAUCUAAACUUGUAGUAAUCAUGGUCAAAUUACAGACUGAGGGUGCCCAUGGAUAUUAACCAAAUGUGUAGAAUUGCAGGAAAUUAGCUUAAAAACGGCAAAUCUUUCUCUCCGCCCCACAGCAAAAUGAGUAGAAUUGCAUGGAAUUAGUUAUAAAAUUGCUAAAUGUUCUCUACUCCACAUGGCAAGAAGUAGAAUUGCAUCAAACUUAUUUUAAAAGUACAACAUUUUCUCUAUAUUAUUGUAUUGUAUAAUUGCAGGAAAUGAACAAUAAAAAAUAUCUACAUAGAUUAUCUCCACUGUCAAGAGGGGGGCCACUAACAACUAAAUGUAGCUCUGACUACAUGUGUGGGUAUAAAUGUGGGUACGCAGACCCGCUAGCCACUGCAGCUUUCAGAUUUGUUGUGGCCCCCACCCCCAUCAAAGGUGCCCAUCCCUGCAUUACAUUUAUAAAUACUGAUAGAUAGUUGACAGCGACAUUUCCAGAGUAGGAGGGACAGUUGAAAACAAACAUGCCUUUUCUGUCUAUGCUUUCCAAUCACUUCUAGCCUUGGUCCCAGUCUGUUUGAGUUCACAAGAUGAUAGAAACGGAUCUGGGACUAGCUAAUUCACUUCCACAUUGUUACGUGUAAUCCUGAAUUACUGUCCAUUCUGAUCAGAGAAUAAAAGUACAUGACCAAUUUCUUCCCACUGGACAAAUACUGGUUGAAUCAACGUUGUUUCCACAUUUCAACCAAAUAACUCAAUGUGAUGACGUUAUUCAACACAGAAAACUGAUUGGAUUUGAAAAAAAGUCAUCAACGUAAGGUCAUUUCGGGUUUUUUUUUCCCCACAUGACUUUUAACCUAAAUCAAACGACAUCGUGAAAUGUUUCACGUUGAAUUCACAUUAUUUGACAACUUGACCACAUGUAAAUCGAAACUAGACGUCUGUUCCCAGUGUGCUGUUUGUUCUCCUUUUCAGUUUGGUUUCUUACAUUUUUAUUUGAACAGUCACUGUGUGGACAUUUUUAUUUGAUUAUAAAUAAAGAGAAAACAACUUGGCAUGGUAUUUCCACACCCUCACAUUAUGCAUCGCAUGUUUCAAGAGGUCGUUUUUCCUUCUUCCUGAACACAAUAUGCUGUUUAUUGUUAUGACACGUCUCACCUAUUUUAUUUUCAUGCUGUUUCAUCUUGUCCUGUCUUUACUAUUUUCAUCGGGACACUUCUGCUAGUUAAUAUAUGUCUUGGAGACUCUGUUACUAUAAACUGGGAUGGAGCCCUGGUCAAAUAUAGUGCACUAUACACCAAGUGUACAAAACAUUAAGAACACCUGCCUCAUUUUGAGUUGCGCCCCCUUUAGCCCUCAGAACAGCCUCAAUUCGUCGGGGCAUGGACACUCCAAGGUAUUAAAAGCGAUCCACAGGGAUGCUGGCCCAUGUUGACUCCAAUUCUUCCCACAGUUUUUAGUCCUCUCAAACCGGUGUGACUGGCACCUACACCCAUACCGCACUUGAAUCUUUUGUCACCCUCUGAAUGGCACAGAUAAACAAUCCAUGUCUCAGUUGUCUCAAGGCUUAAAACUCCUUCUUUAAUCUGUCUCCUCCUCUUCAUCUACACUGAUUGAAGUUGAUUUAACAGGUGACAUCAAUAAGGGAUCAUAGCUUUCACCUGGAUUCACCUGGACAGUCUAUGUCAUGGAAAGAGCUGGUGUUCCUAAUGCUUUGUACACUCAGUGUAUAUUGAAUAGUGUGUCAUUGGGGUCGCAGUUUUUUUGUCUAUGAUAGAACUAUUUUUGCAAAAACUGAUGCUGUAUUCUAUAAAUAAAGCUACUCUGUAUUUUAAUUGCAA